AUGUCUGCCCCCGGCCCAAGUCCGAUCAUUGAGGACGUUAUCGACCCGAUCGAUGAGAAGAAAGAGUUGGAGGCGGAGGCUGGAGUCAAGGCCGUUCCUCACGACGAUCGCAGUGAUACGGAUACCACGGAUGUCGAUGACGCGCUCAAACUGGUUGGCAUUGAAGCUCGUCAAUUCGACGAGAAGUAUUACCGAAGGCUCCGUCGCAAGAUUGACUGGCACAUCAUGCCUAUCCUGAUCGCUGUGUACUUCACUCAGUUCCUAGACAAGAAUAUCCUGUCCUACGCGAGCAUCAUGGGCUUUCCUGUUACCGGCAUCUGGUAUAAUGAUGUCGCUCAAGCCUUCUAUAUGGGCUUCAUCGUAUGGAUGUUCCCUACUCAAUAUUUGGGACAGAAGUUCCCCUUGGCAAAAUACCUUGGUGCCCACAUUAUCAUCUGGGGUGUCCUUAUCUGCCUGCACGCAGUCUGCUACAACUUCUCCGGAUUCUAUGCGCUCCGUUUCUUCCUCGGGAUGCUGGAGGCCUGUGUGUCGCCUACGCUCAUCCUCAUUGUCAGUAUGUGGUAUAAGCAGAAUGAGCGAGCUUCACGUAUCGGCUGGUUCUAUGCGGGUAACAGCAGCACGUCUAUCAUUGGUGGCGCUAUUGCGUACGGCAUUACGAACUACAAUGGCCCCAUUGCGCAGUGGAAACUACUGUACAUCGUCCUUGGCAUCAUGGCUAUCGCCGUUGGUACUUGGGUUGUCCUAUUGCUCCCCGAUUCCCCUGUCACGGCUCGCUUCCUUACCGAAGAGGAAAGAAUCGCCGCCCUCGAACGCGUUCGUUUGGAUCAGGCCGGCACCCACAACAAGCACAUCAAGAAGUAUCAAGUCAGCGAGACGUUCAAAGACAUACGCACUUGGAUCAUGAUUCUGAUUAUCCUCUGUAUCGGCAUUCCAAAUGGCGGGAACAGUGCUUUUAACAACAUCAUUACGAAGAGCUUCGGCUGGACCAGUCAACAGGCACUCUUGCUCGGCAUGCCUUCGGGUGUGAUUGCAGGUGUUGCUGUGGUCGGUGCUGGUUAUCUAUCCGACUACUUUAAGGACCGUAUGACCCUCAUUCUCCUCUUCACGAUCCCCAACUUGGUGGGUAUGAUCAUCAUGACCACGAUGCAAUACUCGGGGCUUCGUGGUGUCCUCCAAUUCGCUUCGUACCUUGGAAGUCUCUCCGCCCCAGGCUUCCCUCUCUGCUACGCGUGGAACGCUAGCAAUAUGUCCGGUCAUACCAAGAAAGUCACCGCCAAUUCCGUGACCCUGUUUACGUUUGGCGCGGGAAGUGUAGUCGGGACGUAUAUCUUUUUACCUCAAGACGCCCCUGGCUACAUCUCCGGAAAAGCGGCUAUUGUAAUCCUGACCGCCAUCAUGAUGCUUUGCAAUGUACUCAUGGCUUGGAUUAAUGUUCGCGCGAACAGGCAAAAGCGGGCUCAGUUGGCCGCCAUGGCCCAGGAGAAGGGCUGGACUGAGGCAGACAUUGAGAGGGAGCGCGAGAAGGCUGCGUUCCUGGACUUGACGGACAAGGAGAACGUCUUCUUCACCUACACUCGGUGA